CCUCCCGAGCAGCUGUCUCUUCGCAGCCUCUCUUUGGAAGGAAUCAGACCAACACUAUUUAUUGUUUGUCCUUCCUUAUUUAAGGAACGAGGAGGCAAAGAAAAUACUCUGAAGAAGCAUUUGAAACGGCUCGGCAGAGGCAGACCAGAAUGAGUUUUAAAACAGUGUUUUUUACAUUUGUGGCGACAAGUUUUCUCUUGGGCGUACAAGGGAACUUGAACUUUUCCGGCUGGGAACUACCCAGCUUUAGGUCCCUAUUCAACCAUUUUCCCUUGGCGCCUCUGACGAUCGUGCGGAUCUACAACGACAAAUGCGACGCAGGGGAUGGUCGAAACGGAACUUGCUUGGCCAAGGUCGAGUGCUACAAGAAGAAAGGCGUAGUCAGGGGAACCUGUGCUCUAGGAUUCGGCGUCUGUUGUCUCAUGACUGCCGCGGAAAAUGGAAUAGCCUUUGGCAACAACACCUUGCUGUACAAAGAUAAAUUUGGAGGCGGAGUUGACAUCACUUACACGAUCAUGCGUAUGAGCAAGAAGAUAUGUCAAUACAGAAUAGACGUCAAAAGACUGAUUAUGUACGAGGUAGAAGUGGACGGAAGUUGUCGCUACGACUACAUGCUGGUCAAUCAAGACACUAAAUUUAAAAAAGUCUGUGGAAUGACGGAAAACGUCCAUUAUUAUAUUGACGUUAAGGACACGGUUAUUUUCACUUUUCACACUGAUCCAGGACAGACUCAAAUACGGGAAUGGGAGAUCUACGUUUCUCAAUACACAUGCGACAUGGGAGCUCCAGACGGCUGUGGUCAGUGGUAUUGGGGAGCCACAAAUAAAAUUGACAUAUGGAAUAAUAUUGAUCCAGCAAACACACACUGGUAUUACCUUGACAACCAGCACUACACGAUUUGUGUCCGAUGGGAGGCCGGUUAUUGCACUAUAACAUAUAAUGAAAAUACCAGAUUCCAGCCAAAAUGUAAUGACAUUUUUGAAAGACCUGGAAGCACAACCCUACGAUCAGCUUGCAUCUUCACACCUCCCGCUAAUGCUAUCACAUACACAUUUACUGGUGGAGUGCAAAACUUCUAUGUUAAUUUCUCAGAUACAACCAACCAACACAGCGGUUCAGUUUCCAAUCCAUUCAAGAAUCCCAGCAUCUCCUACCAACAAAACCGCUGCAACUAAUUGUGCCAAAAUACGUACUUUGUGCUUGAGAGGCAUUACAUGAUGAAGGGUAAAGUGCUAAAAUACAGCUUCACACUCUUAAUGCCAGUCAUGUAUGAGAGAGAGAGAGAGAGAGAGAGAGAGAGAGAGAGAGAGAGAGAGAGAGAGAGAGAGAGAGAGAGAGAGAGAGAGAGAGAGAGAGAGAGAGAGAGAGAGAGAGAGAGAGAGAGAGAUAU